AUGACGAGUUUCAUAUCUUCACAAAUGGGGGAUAUUGAGCAGGAUAUUGCUCUAUUAUCCAAUCAACCCAAUGUUUUAAAUACCUGUGUAAAUCAAGCACCUCGAGGACGAAAUAAAACAAGACCUUAUCCACUAAGUGAAUUGAAUGACUUGAAAAUACAGCAAGGAUUAAUAAUUAAGGAUUUGUUAUUCUCGUUGAUUGGAUACGAAGGAUGUUACAUUAGAUAUAGCGAAAAAUUUGAUCCGAGUGAUAUCAACUCCAAAAUAAGAGGUCCUGAUUUUAAAAUCGCCAAACAUCUAGAUAUAAGUUUGAAGUGUAUUACCAAAAAACUAGUGAAAUUUGGAAAGUACUACUCUGGAUUGAAUGGAUUUUUAGAGUUAUACGAUAGGCCUGAAUUUGGUAAGGUGGUGCAAAGGUUAUGCUUUGAAAUUAGUGAAUUCCUUAUUAGCUACCAACAAGUUAUUAAACAGAUAGAGGAUGAAUUCAAAUUUAAUUCAACAUUUAACCUUAGCAUAUUUGAAACAAUAUUAAUCCAAAAAUUAUCUCUCAAAUUAAGUCAUUUCUAUGAUAUUGUCAUAUCUGUUCAUACUGAAACGAUUGAACGAAGCAAAUACAAACAUCAAACAAGUGAAUCAUAUUUCAAUAACUUCAUUAAAAGCAUCCAAAAUGAUCUUAAAGAAACAGGUUCUAUAGACCUUGCCACUGAUAAUGUGAAUUUUGAAUUUUGUAAAGGAGGAAUUCUCCUAAAGAUAAUCCAAGACAGGAUUAAUGCAUAUCAAGGGGACGUGAUUUCUUUAGAAUUCUUGACUAAAAUAUUUGAUGUUGUUAGCGUUGAUUAUGUUUCUAUGCUUAAUAAUUGGGUAAUUAAUGGAGAGAUAGAUGACUCAGCUGAGGAAUUCGUAAUCAAGAUGAAUAAGUUUCCAGAUAACCCUGACAGUCCGAUUUACCGUAAUGGAGAAAAGUAUUGGGAUGAAUUAUAUGUCACAAGAACUGAUGGGGUCAUAGAUCAGUUUUCGAGUAAGGAUAUACAAUUGAAAAUACUAGCGACUGGAAAGUACCUAAAUAUCUUCAAAGCUUGUACAGGACUUUAUGAUUUUCAACAAUUAAAUGAAACAAUACAACCUAUAGAUAGGUUAUAUUCACAAGAUCUAGAGUGGAAAAUUAAUGAAUAUUAUAAAAGAGCUAAUAAGUUGCUUAUGAAGUUGUUAUUCGAAGGGUAUCAAUUUUCAAGUUUAAUCGAUAGUUUCCAGAAUCUUUUCUUGUUCAAGGAUUCUUCAAAGAUUGACGUCUUUCUAGACAAAUCAUUUAAUGAUUUACGAAAAAACAAACACGCAAUUUCAACUUCUAGACUUGCUAAGCUUUAUGACGAUACAUUGCAACGUAAAAAGGACGAGUUUCAAGUGAAAGAUAUAAAUAAACAAAAGAGUAUAUCUGAUGAUAGUAUAUGUGACGUUUUAAGCUACUCCCUGAGUUUGUCUGUUGAUUUUACUAAUUUUUAUGACUUAGCAGAAGAAAUUCUAAAUGUCAAAUCAUUUGAUGCAGAAGAAGCAUUUAGGAAUGGUCAGAAUUCUAGUAUUUUUAAAGCUCUAUUAAAUAAAUCAUUAGAAAGAGAUCAAAUGAACUCUGCAGCUUCAAAUAAUUUACCAAGCAGUUAUGAUCCCGAUCAUUCAGAUGAGUACGCGAUUGCUGGGGUUAAUUUAGAUAUGGAUUUACCAUUUCCCUUGAAUAUAAUUAUAGGACAAAACUAUGUUCUUGAAUACCAAUUAAUUUUCAAAUUACAAAUGAUUGUGAAGUUUAUUAAUAAAUUGAUUGAUAAUUCAUGGAAAGAGAUUAAUUACUCCACCGUGUGGAAAUAUCCUGGAUUUCAUCCGAGAAUUAAAAAGUGGAUUUUGAGAUGCCGUAUAUUGAAUAAUAGAAUGAAAGAUUUCAUGAACGACUUGCAGUUUUAUCUAAAUUUUGACAUAAUUGAAACUAAUUUUGAUACCUUUAAACAAACCUUUAAGGAAAUACAAAGAUUAUUAGAUGAGGAGAAACUUGGAUCAAAUAUAGAUCAUCAAAAUAUUCACAACAAUGGCAUUGGGUUUAAAAAUGGUUCCUUAGCUAAUUAUAAUCAUAACAAUCUUUUUGAUGAAAAAAUAUUAAAUCAUAAUCAGAAUUUUAAUGAUUUUCCAAAUGGCAAUUUGAUCAAUAUAGAUAAUUUGAUCAAUAAACUUGGUUCCUUCUUAAAUAAUAUCUUGAGGGAUUCGUUUAUUACUAACAAGGUUUUAAUUGAUGUCCUCAAAAAUAUGUUUGAUCUGAUAAUCCUGUACAAUCAUUAUUUGAACAGGUUAAAAAAGUCUUUAAUAAUGUCAGACAAGGAUUUAUUUCACAAAUUCAGCCAGGAUUAUCCGGAAAAAUUUCAAAAUAGAGUAAUGGAUGAUGAACUGAUUGAGGCCAGGUUUAAAAAUUUGGAUGGCAUGCUAAAUUCACAUUUUGAAAUUUUUAAUGAUUCACUAACUGAAUUUAUAGUUACUUUGAAGUCCCAUGGCAACUUAGAAAAUCAACUGUUUUUAAUUUUGAUUGAAAGGUUAGAGCAUUGUUUUCCAGAUCAUUAA